CACGUGAUAUUGGUAACGUCAAGUUUUGAGAUAAGAGAUAUCUAUGAUAAAUCUAUAUAGAAAGAACAGAAGAUCGGCUAUUUCUUUUAUAUUUCAUUAUAGGAAUCGUCUUUAUUCCUAUGAUAAAUCUUUAUCAGAAUUAUUACAUGCACCGGUGACCUAUAUUUCUGAUUUUUUAUCACCAACAAUAGGACGUCAAUUGAGUUUAACAUUAUCUUCACAUUUUAAAAAGGCGUUAGAUCUGUCUAGAUUUAGUAUUGGAAAUGAACUUCCACCUGGAUAUCAUUAUCUUUAUUUUCACAUGUGUCAUUUGGAAGAUUCUUUAGCGAAAGAUGGAGGUGAAAUGAUUUACGCGCCUUUGAUGAAUUGGAAUAGACGUUUAUGGGCCAAAGGAUCAUUAGAAUAUAUUAAUAAAAAUAUGAAAUAUCCUUUACGUAUGGGAUUUCCUGCAAUUUCUAUUGAAAAGCUUGAAAAAGUUGAUUGGAAUGGUCGUAAAGAGGAUAACAUUUCAGUAUGGACAUGCAAGGAAAUUUCUCCGUUAGAUGAUCAGGAACGUCCGAAAGAUGUAUGUUUAAGAGAGAGGAUAUGUAUCGUAUAUCAAUCUGUUUAUAAAAUGGGCGAAAAAGUGAUAGAAAUAUCAAAAAAAUCUUGGAUACCUGACUUUUCAUGUUCUAUUACACCUUCUCAAAUCCUUCUUUUUCGAUAUUCAGCAUUAACUUUUAAUUCACAUAAGAUUCAUUAUGAUUAUUCGUAUUUAAAAGAAGAAAAAUAUGAUAAUUUGUUAGUUCAGGGAUCUUUAUGUGUUGUUUUUCUUUUAGAAUUAUUACAACAGAAUGUUUCUUCAGAUCUGCGUUUGAAAUCUUUCUAUUAUAAAAUACAAUAUCCACUUUAUGCUAACUUUUCUUAUAAAUUUUGUGGAAGGAGAUUAAAACAACUUAGUGGUAUCCAAUAUGCUUUGUGGGUAGAAUCUGAUAACCUAUUGCAUAUGAAAGGAACAGCCGAAAUGUGGUAAUACUUUUUAUAAUGAUUUUUUCAAAGAUUGUUAUACUUGUUGU